AUGUGCGUCGCCAGGGUGAAUCUCUACCUCCAGACCUUCAUCCUCUUAUUUUCCCCCAAACGAAUUGUCCCCGACAGGGCGCUGAACAUAGCCGGGAUUUUGGUUUUCUGGACCUGGUUCCCUCUUUUGGUUGCUUGCUUGCCGAAUUGGCCCGAGAGGUUCGUGUUCGUGCUGACUUCCUUCGCGGUGACAUCGAUCCAGCAUGUUCAGCUUUGUCUCAAACAUUUCCCGGCGAAUGUGUACAUGGGUCCGCCGAGGGCCAACAAUUGGUUCGAGAAGCAGACGAGGGGGGCGCUCGACAUCUCGUGCCCGUCGUGGAUGGAUUGGUUUAACGGCGGGUUGCAGUUCCAGCUGGAGCACCAUCUGUUCCCCAGGCUGUCGAGGUGCCAGCUGAGGAAAGUUUCGCAGCUGGUUCAAGAUCUGUGCAAGAAGCACAACCUACUGUAUCAGAGCUACUCUUUCGUUGAGGCGAACGUGUGGACGAUUAAGACGUUGAGGGCGGUGGCGGUGCAGGCGAGGGACCUGGCCAAUCCUGUGCCCAAGAACAUGGUGUGGGAAGCUGUUCAUACUCACGGUUGA